AUGUCUAAGCGGCCUGCUGCGGCGAUGAAAAAACCAUCCUCGUCUAUCCAUUCCCUUGUGCAGGAUAUGAAGGCUGAGGCAGCAAAGGAGGAGGAACCCGAGGAGGAGAAGGGUCAGCAAACACGUGACAAGGGCAAGGCUGAGAAGUUCAGCAAGAUGCUGAAGGCGGGACAAUUGCCACCCAUGGUGGUCUACAUGUGGGAGUACGAGAGUAAGAAGGCAGUCAGCCAAAGGCAGUUCCAAACAAAUCUCAUCAACAACCUGUUCACUCGUCAAGAUGAUGGUACCUACCGCAUGAACACAGACAGCCAGGAGUUCAAAGAGUAUCAGUCCAUCUAUACAAGGCACCAGGCAAAAGACAAGAAGAAAGGGAUGCCAAGAGGAGUCAUGCUGGCCAGUCACUUCCAUGGCGACAGCCGCGCAUUGGACCGAUCCAUUGCGGAUGGAGAGAUUCAAUCGUUCAAAGAUCCAGAGUCAGGUGUCGAGUUCUUGACCUUUCGGGAGCUGUCCGUCACCGAGACAAAGACCAACGAGAAGGGCGAGACCGUGUCAGGAACCAAGAAGCUUAAGCUCGACCAAGCACACCAACUCGCAGGUCUUAUGAACAAGAUGAAAUGGCAAUGGGGUAUGAAGGAGGCAAGUGCUGAAGAGAAGGCCCUGGAAUCAGAUGGAACGUUGCCAAAGAGUUUCAUCAAGACUUUGGACAAAGCUGGACAGGCAUGUGACAAGCUCCUCAAGGAAGGGAUGAGGCUCUCCAAGGAGAAUGCGCUGGAGGAUAAGGCCGGUGUGCUGAAGUCAGCGUACAGUGCCUUGACCAAGCGCCAGCGAGACAUCGAGCAUGUCAAGACCUGGAGCGAACUCCCCAAUUCAGUCGCUUCAACGAAGCAAAACUUGGACACCUUCAUGCUCGCCAUUGCGCAAGAUGUGGACAAGUUCAACACGGAAAUCCAAAGCGCUAAGGGCAUCUUGAAGGGAAGGACUUCAAAGUGA